GCUGUCCCUAUCCUUCCUAAUUUGUUCCCCUAGAAAGAAAAAGUCACACUUCAUAUUCCCUUAGAACUGAUAAGUUGCUGCUAUCUGUUUAAACUUGAAAGAAACAAAGACGUGAGAAAAUGAUGCUCUAUGUACCACAUCCUGCAGGUGGUGUAAGUAGUAGCAAAAACAUCAAAGGCUUUGCUCUUCAAGUUCUUACAGGUAGAUGGUUCAUGAUGUUCGCAUCAUUUAUGAUCAUGUCAGUAUCAGGAGCAAGCUACAUGUUCAGCCUCUACUCCAUAGAAAUCAAGUCUUCUCUUGGAUAUGACCAAUCCACUCUCAAUCUGUUAAGCUUCUUCAAGGACUUGGGAUCCAACGCAGGCAUUCUCUCAGGCCUAAUCAACGAGGUAACGCCUCCUUGGGUUGUCUUAUCAAUUGGUGCGGUUUGUAACUUUUUUGGGUAUUUCACGAUUUGGCUUUCUGUGACCAAAAAAUUUGCAAAGCCCCACUUGUGGAACAUGUGCUUGUACAUCUUCAUUGGAGGAAAUUCUCAUUGUUCAACCAACACUGGAGUUUGGGUGACCAGCAUAAAGAACUUUCCUGGUAUAAGGGGUGUUGUCAUUGGAAUUUUGGAUGGUUACCUCUGUUUGAGCGCCAUAAUCAUCACUCAACUCUGCUAUGCCUUCUUCCAAAACGAUUCCAAAUCUGUGAUUUUGAUCAUGGCGUGGCUACCGACUGCUACCGCUUUAAUUUUUUUGCCGGUUUUCAGGAACGGCAGGAGGUGUGUUCAACAGAAAAAAGACUCCAAUGCUUUCUACAUGUUCAUCUAUUCGACACUAGCUCUGGCAGUGUUCUUCAUGAUGAUAAUCAUUCUGCAAAAAUGUUUCAAAUUCACUCGGAGCGAGUACUAUGUUACUACCGCGCUGAUGCUUCUCUUGCUCAUCCUUCCAAUUGCUGUUGUCAUUGCGGAAGAACACAAGAUUUGGAAGAGCAAACAAGAACACAUCAAUUAUGAAAAUCCUCCAAUGAAGUCUGAACAGGUUCCCCAAAAAGGAGUUUCCUGUUGGCAAAACAUUUUCAGGCCGCCGGAAAGGGGUGAAGAUCAUACAAUACUUCAAGCCAUUUUCAGCCUUGACAUGGUAAUUCUAUUCCUUGCUACUAUAUGUGGAUUUGGUAGCAACUUAACCGUGGUAAACAAUUUUAGUCAGAUUGCUAAGUCUUUAGGCUACCCUGCACAUACCAUAACCACAUUCAUCUCCCUCAUGGCAAUUUGGAUAUUUCUUGGUAAAAUUGCACAAGGGGUUGUCUCAGAGUUUAUGAUAACCAAAUUCAAAGCCCCUAGGCCUCUCGUACUCACAAUACUCCUUGUGUUGUCUUGUAUUGGUCACCUUUUAAUUGCAUUCAAUGUUCCAAAUGGUCUGUAUGUAGCCUCCAUUGUUGUUGGGUUUUGCUUUGGGGCAAACUGGCCAAUACUUCAAACCAUCGUAUCUGAACUAUUUGGGCUUAAACAUUACUCAACAUUGGCCAAUAUUGGGUCAAUGGCGAGUCCAAUUGGGUCAUACAUGCUCAGUGUGAGGGUUGCAGGGUAUCUGUAUGACAGAGAAGCCAGAAAGCAAAUGGCAGAAUUGGGGCUAAAAAGAAAGGUAGGAGAGGAAUUGAACUGCAAUGGGGGUGAGUGCUACAAAUUGGCUUUCAUUAUAAUCACUGCAGUUUGCAUGCUUGGGGCGCUUGCCUCAUUCAUUUUGGUGCUUAGGACUAGACAGUUUUACAAAACUGAUAUAUACAAGAAAUUCACAGAAGAAGCUAGAACUGAUGCUGAAACUGAAAUGGUUGUGUCUCUGAACAAGAUUGGACUACCUCCUACUUCGGAUGAAGGCUAAAUAUAUAUCCCCAAGGCCAACAGCUGCAGCGUCUACAGUACGUACGGUAUCAUUAUUCAGCAGUGUCUAAUGUAGUGGUCUGUAAACAUUAGUAAAUGAAGGUUCUUGUCAUGUUACUAGUAUCUAAGCCCGUGCUUUGCACGGUUAUUAUGUUACCAGAAUUUUUUUUUAAACAACAUAUUCCUUACAUAUGUAAUAUAACAACUCAUGAUUGUGAAGUUGUGGACAACAAACCAGAUGAUACAGCAACUUGUUCAACACAUGCCACCACAAACUAAGUGAAAUAGCAACGGAUGUCCAGUGCAAUUCGAGACUCAAAGCCUUCAUUUCUUAACCUUUUUUUUCCUAGUUCCUUUUCUCUGUAUCUAAAAUUGUUUCUACC